AUAUAUACACACACGUCAUGCGAAAAAAAAAAUUAUUUCCUUGUUCUCACAGCAGUAACUAUUUAUGGGGAAUCAGUUUAAUCUCUCUGUCCACCAAGAAAUCAAAUGUUUACAUGUUGUCGAUAUUAAUAUUCCCACGCUUACGUGAUGGCACUAAAUGCCGCACUAAAUGACCGAUAUUCGGCCAAUUCAAAAAUCACAGACGAUAGAUAUUUCAAUUGAUGCAACGUAUACCUACCUACCUACCAUUUCUGAUUUAUAUCUUCGUGCUUUCCGAUGCCUGCGCUUUACGAUAUUGCCAGGACUCUGUAUUAUUAUAUAUUAGUGUUGCGAUUAAUCUUAAGAGUUACCGUCCGUUUAAUCAACAUAAAAAUACGCAUCCCACGAGAUCGUUAGUAAAAUUUUGCGUGUGUCCGGUAUACAAUCUUCGAACGAUAAAGUAAUUGCGAAAUAGUGUAGUUAUAACCGAUAAGAUAAUCGGUUAAGAAUGAACCUCAAUGUUGAAGAAGAUCAAGGAUCAUAAGUUUUCCAAUUAGAAGAUUCUGCGAAAUGAAAGAAAAAAAAAAUCAUCCGUUAAGAGACUGCGUCGAGUCAAGAGGAUUAUACAAAGGCGAGUAUCAUUCUUUUUUGUACAUUUUACAUUCUGUAUUUUAUACAUGGAUUUUUGUGUGUUUCUUAUAUGCAAAAUGAAACAUUGUGCACUUGUAACAGUAGCAUCGGUACGCGAAUUUGCAUCUCGUUGUUCGCGAUGAGUUUAAGCAAUGCUAUUUUAGUGUUGAACGAAUUUUUUUUGCGCAUCUCGAGAUGCAAAGCUAUUAUAUGAAUUAUAGAUUUUAUCAGGCACAUUGUAUGGAAUGCGCUUAUUGUUUCGCGCGCUUCCACAUAAGUGCGAGAAAGAUUACACCGCGAUUAUGAAUAUGGAAGGUUUUUUUUUUUUUUUAAUGGCCAGGCUUGCACUCUAUAGUUGCGCCGGUUUUUUCGCGUUCGAAAUAAAAUUUUAUACGCGGGAAUAUAUAUAGUUUAUUAAAUAUUUCUAUGCGCCUUUUGAAUUGGCUGCAAUAUUUGAUACUUUUCUGGACAUAUUCUGAAUAUGUCAUUUUAUAUAAUGGGUUUUUUAAUCUUUGUGAAGAAAAUCGUACUAUUCAGUUCUGAGUAUAGUAAAUAUCUGACAUAUGAAAGUUUGAUGCCGCAUAACACUUUUCACUUAUAUUUUUAUCACAUCAAGCUUUUAUAAGUUGUCAUUUUUUGCUGUAAAGUACUGAAUAAUAUAUUUGAUUUUCUUCCUCAUCUUUUAUUUGCAGCGUUUAACUGCAUUUUUAAUUCAUUCUAUGUAAUAUAACAUUCUGUGAUAUAUUAAACACUUAAUGUGUUGAAUGUAAGUAUAUAUGUGUGUAUGUGUAAAAAGUCAUACGCUGUUUUAUUCUGUGCAAAUGAGAAGAAGAUGCCUCUCUCACCGUAACGGAUUAAUUAUAAAGGUGAGAUUUUUCUGUAACUAAUUUAUUUGCGUUUUAAUAUUUUCUAUUUCAGUCUCAGAGUGAAUUUCUUAAGUAAAAAUUUGCUUUUCUCGAACUCUUUUGCCAAGUUUUAUGGCUUAAUCUUUACUUUUUCUUUCUGCUAUCGUUAGGAAAUACCUAAUAUACAGUUUUUAUGUUAUACACAUGUAUACUAUUUCUCUAAUUAUUUAUAAUUCUAACGGUAUAUUAAUUAUUAAUGAAUAUAAAACUAGUAAGAGAUAAUAUGCUUACAAGUAUAUUCUCUAUAUAUUAUUCAUCUAUAAUAGUAGUUAAAUAUUAUAUAAGACUUUUAUAUAAAAAUUCGGAAAGCUCUUGAUGGAUAUUAUUAUAUAUAAUGAGUGAUGAAACUUCCAAAGCUGUUUGACUUGACGACAAAUCACGACGACUUUCUCGAUUCGCACGUACGCUCUUGUAAACACAUCAUUAUCGCUGCAUCUCGAGGGAUAUCAGCAAUGCCCAAGCACCUUGCACCGGCCACAUUGCAGCACUCACAUAAGCAUAAGAUCUAUCUUUCUGUCCUGUCUCUUUUUCUUUCUCUUAUCUCACCGCCUGUAUGCAAGAUAUAUUGUAAUAAUCACAAAGAGCAGAAUCUCAAAAGACAAAAUUGUGUGUGCGCCCACGGGUGUCGUUCUCCGUUGCAAUGUCCUUGGGUUUUGUCAAUUUCAGGGAAGGAGGCGAGACCUUUGGCGGAUUGUCAGGGAUGCUGCGUCAGAUUCUCUCGCCCUCGCCCGAGAUCGGGGAGGUCGGCAUAUCCGUCAAUUGUAAUCUUCUGCAGACCAACUCCAUAUUCUCAAACCAAUCGUCGAUGCUAUCGUCGACAUUACUUCCCCCGCAUUUUCAGUCCAUGUGCCCAGAACAGUCCCUGCUCGAUCAGGUACAGAUCCUCACCGAAUCCUAUCCGUGUCCCACGUGUGGUCUAGAGUUUCGAAGCGCUCUUAAGCUAAACUAUCACAUGCGAACGAGUCACGUUGCGCGCCCAGAGUUCGAGCACAAUAUCGAGAAUCAGCCGAGGUACUCCUGCGCCGUCUGCUCGCGGACUUUCGUUGCCUUGAGCCAUCUGAAAAUGCACGAGGUUACGCAUUCCGCGUCCUCCGUCACCUCGUGCGCGUCGACCUCUGCCAAUCUUGCGUCGACCGGUAAUAAUAUGGAGAAAACGUUCGCCUGCGAUCUCUGCCAGGCCAGUUUUCGAUAUCGCACACUGUUGGAACGUCAUCGGAGGAUGCAUCAGGAGAUCGGUCAGGAGAAACCUUACUCCUGUCCGAGAUGCUUGAUGCGCUUCGAGACGCGCAACUUGUACAAUCAUCACGCGAAAACACAUCGACCGCUGCCGGCGAGUAACAACGACGGUAGGAUCAUCGGUACAAACGCGGUAUCGUCCGUCGUCGAUCCCGUAAUAGGCAAUCUUGGCAGUCCCGUAAUCCCCGCAAAGUCCAUGACUUCUUAUCCCUGCGACUCGUGCUCCAAGCAAUUCACUACUGCCGAGUCCCUGACCACGCAUAAGGCGGUGCACAGGUCGAGACCGCUGGUCUGCGAUGUAUGCGGCAAGGGCUUCACGCAUCGCAAGUAUUACGUGGUCCAUCAACGCAUCCAUACCGGCGAGAGGCCGUAUCUCUGUGCCAUGUGCGGCAAAUCGUUUACGCAGGCAUCGACACUCACUGUACAUCGUCGGUAUCACACGGGAGAACGCCCGUACACCUGUACGCUGUGCGGAAAAGGAUUUGUCACGCGAACGAUUAUGCUUAAUCAUAUGAAGAAGCACUGAGAUUUGUCAAUUGAUCAGUAUAACGAGAUCUGUUACUGUGCGCGAUUAAAUUCAAGACGCAACUUUCGAUGGUAAACA